GAAAUUCAAUAAAAAGAUUGAAAAAGAAAGAAAGAGACGCAAAAGAUUCUUCAAGAAGUAUUAAACUUUAAUUUGCAAAUCAAAGCUGAGACAGUCAUUGAGCUAGUUGCUGAUUGCCCACCGAUCCUUGUACAUAGCAUGUUUUAUAGCAAAAUCCUGGUUUAGUUGCAUUAGCAUAUCCAAUCGGUCUACAGUUGCGUAUCACACGUACAUCCGCCACUAUUGUUUCUACCCAUUGACUUAAUCAUGUUCUAAUCUACAUCUCUUAGCUUCCUCUUAUUAACACACCAUUGUCUUCUACAUUCUUAAGAUUUCAUUCUCCAACUAAAUUGGGUACAUGCAUAACAAAUAGCAAAUUCAGACUACAUAAUCUACAUCUCUUAGCUUCCUCUUAUUAACACACCAUUGCUUUCAACAUUCAAUUGGAUACAUGCAUAGCAAAUAGCAACUUUCAAAGCUGACUACAUAGUUUUGAUUACACAGCAAAUAAUGCAACUUUUAUACUCCAAUACAGCACAGCCAGGUUAUAGCUGUCCACUGACAUCAGUACUCCAGGGAGUUCUGUACCAGAUCUGCAGACUGUGCUAACUGUGGGGCAAUCGGUGUCAAACGGGACCAGUAAUUUGAGCUGAACCGAACUUCUGCUUAUUCUCUUGUUUGAAGCUGGUUUCUCUAGGCUCUCCUUGGAGAAACUGAAGGCAUUCAGCAUUUUUCCAUUUGCUUCUCCAGACCGAGUGUGUUUUGGAGAAGGGACACCAAUCUGCCAGUUCGGCGUUCGUUACACGCGAAGGAGAACGUUACAGUGAAAAAGCGGCAUUAUCAGGUGUUUCAAGUGCUGCAAUGUCAGCUCGAUCCAGCAUCAAGUCGAUGGCGCCCAGCGACAAGGGCGGUAAACCGACAUCAAGUAAGUCCGCCCAGGCAAGAGCCAAGGCAGAAGCCGCCAAGGUGCGACUGCGUUACGCCAGACAAGAAGCAGUUUUGAAAAUGAAACAGGCCACCAGAGAAGCCGAAAUCCAGAAAGAAAAGGCUGCCAGAGAAGCCGAAGCGGCCGCCCGAGAAGCCAAAAUCCAGAAAGAAAAGGCUGCCAGAGAAGCCGAAAGGGCCGCCAGAGAAGCCGAAAUCCAGAAAGAAAAGGCCGCCAGACAAAGGAAAGCAGCCGCCCGAGAAGCCGAAACCCAGUUGGAAAUGGCAAAAAUAUCGACAGAGUUGCAAGUGCUGCAGCUAGAAAGAGAAGAAGAAGCUGCCAUGGCGGAAGCAAAGUACAUAGAAGAAGCUGAAGGGUCACGUGAUCUGACCGCAGUAAGAUCUACUUUAGAAAGGACCAGACUGGAACGCACAAGCGACUAUGUACAAUAUCAAAUAGACAGGCAGGCUCGUCUCCCCUCUCCAUACGUAUUCGAUAACUUCCCCAGCUACGAGGAACCUCAGAGAGUCACGAUUGCAUCACAUCCAUACGAGGAAGAAAAUUUACCCUCGCGGCUCCGUGAUGAAGUCAAGAAUGAAAGAACCGACAACGCUCCUUCACCCCCACAACAGGACGGCGGGGAGGGAGAGGCUCACUCUAGGUCAACAGUUGUUAGCACGAACUGUACAGAAGUUUGCGGUCAAGCUCAGUCAAGUCGUUCUUGUUCCAAGAUCUGCCUCACUAAGGUGUACCCUAAAGGAGCCAAAGACAAGGCCAUCAAAGCCUAUGUGAUUCUGGACGAUCAGAGCAAUCGCUCACUAGUCAGUCCAGAGUUCUUUAAAUUGUUCAACAUUGAGAGUGAGCAGUUCCCAUACUACCUCAAAACUUGCUCAGGCAACAUGGAAACCCAAGGAAGGAAGGCAGAAGGCAUCCAGAUUGAGUCCCUGGAUGGUAAAGUCGUCAUCUGUCUCCCUCCACUCUUAGAGUGCAAUGAAAUCAUGAAUAACCGCACUGAGAUCCCGACACCAAGUGCGGUGCUACACCAGCCGCAUCUCCACCACAUCGCCAAACACAUCCCAGAACUGGAUCCAAAAGCGGAAAUACUCCUGCUAUUAGGAAGAGAUGUUAUCCAGGUACACAAGGUUAGGCAGCAGGUCAAUGGACCGCUCGACGCCCCCUUCGCGCAACGUCUGGAUCUGGGCUGGAUGGUGAUAGGAGAGGUGUGUCUCGGUGACGUACACAAACCGACGGUUGACACACUCAAGACCAAUGUGCUAGAGAGUGGCCGCCAUUCGAUUUUUCAACCCGGCACAAGUUCCAUGUAUAUCAAGGAAGCACAACAAGACGUUAACAAGCGUAAAGUAACCGACGAGACGCUAGGUCAGUCAGUUUUCGUUCAAACCGAGCACGGAAACAAACUUGCACAAUCAGCUCAAGAUACCAUUUCUUUAAAAACCAAAGACACCAAGGUCUUCAGAGGUGAAGCAAAUAAUGGGGUUGCCCCAUUGCCUUUCAGAGAACCACGCCAGCGCUCACCAGAUAACAAAGAGCAGGCAGUCAAACGGUUCACGUCCUUACGGAAAACCCGGAAAAGGAAACCUGAGAUGCAGCAACGCACCCGAUUGGCCCACGAGGUACUGUGCACCCUAAUGGUAGAGGUCACAGCCAUUAUAAACGCACAAUCACUCCUACCUGUGUCUUCUGACCCAGAAAACCCCUUCAUACCUUCGCCAUCAAUGCUCCUUACACAGAAGGCAGGAACACCUCCUCCACCAGGAGACUUCUCAGACAAGGAUUUGUACACAAAGCAAUGGAGACAAGUCCAGGCUCUGGCAAAUCAGUUCUGGCCUCGCUGGAGACAAAAAUAUCUACUUUUGUUGCAACAGAGACAAAAGUGGACAGAACCCCGCAGGAAUCUUCAAGUUGGAGACUUAGUCCUGCUCAGGGACAAGCAAAUCGCCCGCAACAGCUGGCCAAUGGCCAGAAUCACUGCUACAUUCCCUAGCGGGGAUGGACAUGUCAGGAAGAUCGAAUUGAAGACUACCGACCAAGGCGAUGUGAAAAUUUACCAAAGGCCAGUUACAGAAGUUAUUCUACUUCUACCCAAUGACUGAUUAAGAGACUAAGUUUUGUACUCUGCUCAUUGUGACCUUACGAAAGUCAAGCGGGGAGUGUGCUGUCUUUACGACAGUUAUUUAGUUUAUAAUAUUUUUGCUUAGUAAUUCAUUCGAAAGUAUAUUCAUUGCAUGUAAAAUAUAUCGGCAUGCGAUGACGUCACAUCCGGUUUCGCCGCGUCUUGUGGGAAAGUACCGGUUUGAAAUUAGCGCGAGGGUGGGGGCUCACCACGAGGCACACCUGAGCAGAAGUUGUUUUGCAGGCAUGAGAAAUCACAGUGAGAGCAACGCUGUAAGUUAAUAGAUAAUCGAUAUAUUGAACUAAGAUGUUAAUGCCGAUCCUGUUAGAAGUAACGACAGUCGAUAAUGUUUAUGCUUUCGUUAGUUAAAGAGUUGCUGAUAGUUUGCAUGGAAGUGUAUUUAAAGUAGUCGAUGGAGCAGGUAAACUCUCCCUGUAUACUGCACCUUAGUGUAAUGUAGUUAUAGUCACCUUUGCAAGUAUUUACAAUUGAAAUGUGAUAUUAAGGAAGGAACAAAUACUGUAUCAAUCUUGUAUUGUUUUAUCAACAGUUUUCACCAUAUGUUAAUGUGAAGAGUGAACAGUAAAUGGUUAAUCUUACUGCGAUCUGGUUCUUAUUGACUGUGGUUUAUCUCGACGUUUAGUUCGGCGUUCGUUGCACGCGAAGGAGAACGUUACAGAAGGUCUUAGGGAUUUGGGGGCCAUGCUGAACUUCUUCAGCCUCCUGAGGUGGAAGAGAUGUUUUUUUUUGCCACAAAGCCAAGGUGUACAGUCCAGAUGAGAUCAACAGUGAUGUGUAUACCGAGGAACUUGAAACUACUCACCUUCUCAACAGCAGACCCAUUGAUAUUGAUCAGGCCGAGCCUGUCUCCAUUCCUCUUGUAGUCCACAAUCAGUUAUUUUGGUUUUUGGACAUUGAGGGAGAGGUUGUUAUCCUGGCACUACUGUGUCCGAGAGUCAACCUCUCCUCUGCAGGUGGUCUCAUUACCACUACAAAUAAGGCCGAUCAAAGUCGUGUCAUCUGUGAAUUUGGUCAGCAGAUUGGAGCUGUGCGUGGCAGUAAAGUCAUGGGUGUAAAUGGAGUAGAGAACGGGAACACAGGACACAACUCUGGGGGACACCUGUGUUGCGGUGACAGAGGACAGAGGUGAAGAAGCCUAUCCUGUCCUAUCUCCUGUCCUGAGAUUAUCUGAGGUUGUGGCCUAUAACUAAUGAAUCGGCUGCAGUGAUGACUGGCUUUGUGGCUGUGAACUCACUUUUGGAACUUCAGUUCUGAAUUAAAAUUGCUUACUUUUAUUGUUUACAUGGUUUUUUUUCCUCUGCACUUGGUGUUUCACGGUCAUUUUUAAAAUGGGCUCCAUUGGGUUUUUUUGUUUUUUGUCUUUCUGUAAGGAGAUGAAUCUCAAGGUUGUAUAUGGUAUACAUACUUCCAUAAUAAAUGUACUUGGAACUUUGAACUAAAAACACAUGCCCACAAUGGCCAGCAGAACAACACAGGACACAUCAACACAACACCAUUCACACACCCACAGUUCUCCAACCACUAGACAGCCUCGAGGCCUUUGGCCUCCAAUGUACUUGCAGACAAUGGGCCUCUGACUUCCCCAGUUUAUAGACACGGGGUUUUGACUACUGGGCUUCCAAAUCCAGAGAGCGGAAGCUGUGAACUGUCUGUUAUUUGGCUGUGGUCCAUGGAGAGGAUUCCUAAUGAUAAAGUUUUAAGGAAAUUAGGGAGUAGUGGCGACCCACUUCCUAGUGCACUCGAACCGGCUCACAAAUAGCCAGCACGCCGGCAUAAAAGCCAGUCCCAAAAGGGCGCCAGGUCUGCUUCACUAACAAAGGGAAAAGCUCGCGCGGGACUGUGAAUAUGUGCCUCCUACAGCAUCCGCGCCCG